GCGUCUUAGGCCGCCGCCAUGCUGGCAAAAUGGACGUCUAUAUGCGCUCAAUCGUGCUGCUCGCGAUAUGCGCCUUGUGCAUACAGAUAACGUGUCCUUACAACAUCCGCUUCCACCCAUGCUGCCAAGAGCCAAGCGACAAUCUGACCCUGGCCAUGAUUAUCGACGCGUUCGAGAUCUACGGCCAUGACCCUACUGACAAGCUGGAUAACUUAUGGCUCUACCAGAACGAGAUGAUGAAGGUUAAGACUGCUGAAGAUCAGUACAUAAUAAACGAGCGCGUCCACAUAGCAACGGAUCAUCUGAGCAGAUUCGUGCACCAACACGUUCAAGAGCUGAAAGUUCUUCUCAUAACCUUGGAUGAUGUUCUGGACAAUAUGCUGACUAUGUACGAGAACCACAAUUCUAUAGCUGCUGAACGCAAGUCCACGUACACUGGAGGACCUGUUCCUAUGGAGUUUUAUUUGAGCCAAGAAUUCUAUUGUGGCAAAAACGUGUACAUAUUUCUCUCGGAGCUCUACUCGGACAUAUACAAUAUGGGAAGAGGCCCGGCUCCCUACUGCAAAGAUCGUUCGUUUGUCUUCCUCGGCUUUUUGCACUUUCACGACGAAAAUAAAUAUUACUUAAUUGACGAUCCCAGUAUUAGCUUCCCGACUGACAAUUACUUACACGGCUUAGAGUGUCAUAUCGGUGUAUGUAUAUUUCGGUUUCCAUUCAAGAAGAUUCUCCAGCGAGACCGCGACAUCUCCACACUUCCUAAAGCGAUCGUGAAAUGUGGGUUGGUAAUGUACAAACUACCGCCCCUCACGGCGGCCUCCUGCAUCAUCACGUCUGGAUCCUUUAUCCUGGAUUUCAAUAUACAAGGUCUGAGAUAUCGACAUCACGAUUUCUUACUGACAGUGCCCAACGGAGCAACGUACUACACGAAAGAAAAGAGCACUCCCCUGGUCUGCAACCACCACGUUUGCGAGUGGAACUACACUAACCUUUACGGAGGACCUUUCUUGAUCCCUGGUGACCCGGGUACAGGCUUGGAUGGGGUUCCGCCUUACAUUGAGCCGACUCCAAAACCAGACGAUGACGAUAACGACAACAUUACCGUACCAUAUACCAUGAAGGGGUGUCUAUACUUGUAUGCGCCGAACUAUGGGUCAAUCGCAGGCAAGAGCUACUUGGAUCCUUUGGAAAUACACAACGAUAGAUUCACUUGCAAUACAGCGGAGGGACCUAAGGGACUUUACUGGUAUCCCCAAUGGAUGGGUGCAGUCCCAAAUUAUCCAUACCCAACGAUGGAGGACAAAGUUUACCCUGGACAGACAGGAGCUUUUUUCCCACACCAAUAUACUGACGACGACGAAAUUCCGUAGGAAUACAAAUUAGUUAAUAAACAGUUUUUUAGAAAAAAUA